AUGAUCAACCUGGGUCUCCAACGCAUCUCACGCCUCCUGGCUCCCCUGUUCGCCCAACACCCGACGCUGCCCUGGAAAGCAGUGCAUAUCGCGGGGACCAAUGGUAAAGGCAGUGUGGCGGCGCUGGUGGCGACAUUCCUCUCCGCGGCAGGAUAUCGCGUUGGGCGCUUCACAUCGCCGCACCUAGUCGACCGUUGGGACUGCAUCACCCUGGACCAGCGGGCGGUCGAGCGCGACAAGUUUCUCUCCGUCGAGCAGAGGCUCAAGGCGGCCAUCGGCGGCCGCAGUGCCGUUGACAGUGAUGAUGGCGAUGGCGAUGGCAACGGCAACGGCAAUGGCGUUGUAAACAACGACGACGCUCCGUCCGAGUUCGAGAUCCUCACGGCAACGGCAUUUGAGCUAUUCACUGCCGAGGGCGUCGAUGUUGCGGUCAUCGAGUGCGGGCUCGGCGGUCGCCUCGAUGCCACCAACGUCCUCAGAUCGCACGAUGUUAUAGUCAGUGUCUUGACCAAAGUCGGCCUCGACCAUACCGAGUUCCUGGGCUCUACGCUCGAGGCUGUCGCCGCGGAGAAGUCGGGCAUCUUCAAGAACGGCGUGCCUGUAGUGGUGGACGAGAGUAAUGCCCCGGCCGUGUUGGAGGUGGUCAGUCAGAAAUUGAAGGCGCUCGCAGCCGCCGAGGGUGGUGGUGUGCUGGAAAGUGGUCCUUUCGUCUUGCCUCAGCAACAGAGGGAUCGGUUGUUGCAGAACCAAGAUAUCGCCCACAUGGGAUUGGCACGACAUCAGUGUCAAAACCUGAUGACUGCAUUUACCGCCUAUUAUUUGGCUGAAGAGCAGCUCGUGAAGCCGCAGGCUGAGGUACCAGGGACCGCUACAGGAACUUCGACCUCGCCAGCGACAUUAUCUCGGACCAGAUUUGCGCAGCAUAUUGCAACAACCACUCAAUAUCUCCCAUCCCUGAUUUGGACGGCGCAGUCGUCGCUUCGCGGCCGUCUCGAGUGGCUCUAUUUGCCAUCCAGCGUCUUCACAUCCCGGAUCCCGGGUAUUGAAACGGUCAAAGUCCUCCUCGACGGCGCACAUAAUCCACAAUCCGCACAGGCGUUGGCCGAAUAUAUCGCCAGCCAUGUUCGGGACCACUCUUCCAGUGCAGGGCCCGUGACGUGGGUUCUGGCCGCGAAGCAAGACAAGGAUAUCCGCACAAUGCUCUCUCUUCUACUACAGCCCUCGGACAAUGUCGUCACUUGCUCCUUCGGCCCGGUGGACGGCAUGCCCUGGGUGAAGAGCAUGGACGCCUCUGAACUGGCGGGGACUGUGCGCGAGUUCACCACCGGCACGGUCGAGGUUGGCCUGGGUGGAAGUGUGCAAAAGGCGGUCCAGAGAGCUAUUGAGAUCGCCUACGUUCCCGAAGCUGGAGCCCCAUAUGAAACUGGAACUGGAACACGACCGCUCUGCAUUGCCGGCAGUUUGUACUUGGUAGGCGAUGUUUUGCGCUGGCUGAAAGAGCUCGAGGAGUAA